AAAUGAGUGAACGAACGCUAUUACAAGAGUUGACUACCCCUAGGCAUGUGGCAGUCACAGAAGAAGGUGAUUUAAUUAGUUCCGAAGAACUGUUGUUCAUGACUUUAGCUUCAAUCAGGGUUGCUACUGAUGACUUUUCAGAUACAAAUAAGCUGGGACAAGGAGGGUUUGGUGCAGUUUACAAGGGUGUUCUGGCAGAUGGUAAUGAAGUAGCAGUCAAAAGAUUGUCGAGGAAAUCUUGGCAAGGCAUAGAGGAAUUUAAAAAUGAAGUUGUGCUGAUUGCCAAACUUCAACACAAGAAUUUGGUGAGGCUGUUAGGUUGUGCCUUGGAGGGAGAAGAAAAGUUACUGAUAUAUGAAUUCAUGUCAAACAAAAGCCUUGAUCAACUUAUAUUUGAUCCAGAAAAACGUUCAAAACUUGAUUGGAAGACAUACAAUGGUAUUAUCAAUGGCAUAGCGAGAGGACUGCUUUAUCUCCACGAGGAGUCUCGCCUUAAAAUCAUUCACAGAGACUUAAAACCCAAUAACGUGUUGUUAGACCACGAACUGUUGGCUAAAAUAUCAGAUUUUGGUAUGGCCAGGAUAUUUUCUGAGAAUCAGAAUGCAGCAAACACCAAAAGAGUUGUGGGAACAUAUGGAUAUAUGGCUCCAGAGUAUGCAAUGGAAGGAUUGUUCAGUGUGAAAUCCGAUGUGUUCAGCUUUGGCGUUAUCUUGCUUGAAAUCAUCAGCGGAAAAAGAAACAGUGGUUUUUACCAAACCGAACUUGCCCCGACACUGCUGGCAUAUGCAUGGCGAGUGUGGAAUGAAGGAAAAGCAUUGGACUUUGUGGAUCCAGUGGUGUUGGAAUCAUGCCUUGCAUCUGAAGUUGUAAGAUGCAUGCACAUUGGGCUGCUGUGCGUGCAGGAAAAUCCGGAACACAGGCCCACCAUGUCAGCUGUGAUGCUUCUCCUGGGAAGUGAAUCAAUGGUCCUUCCCCAACCAAAACAGCCUGCUUUUUCUUUGAGUAGGGUGCUUCGUCUCGAUCCAUCUUCAAAAACCAACCCUUCGGAAAACGAGAUUAUAUUUUCUGAAAUUUUACCUCGAUGAUUGAAAAGACUUGGUCUACUUGUCAUGUUUCAUGUUAUGAUGCUUAAUGACAACAACAGUAUUCUUGACCUAUGGACAAAUGUUCCUUUCAUGGCUGUCC